CAGAUCUGUUGCUUCAUUUUUGCAUAUUGAGGUCGACCAAAUUUUCCAUGAUAAAAAGUUCAAAAGCACCAGGUCAUCUCACCGCGAAAACUGAACAUACAUCGUCCUUAGAGGAAUGCAUUUUUGUCUGCCUGCAAGCAUCACUGGACAAAUGCCAAGCUGUGAAUUACAAGAAGUCUGAAAAUCUGUGCAGAUUUCUUUCAACAACGAUAGGACAAAAUUACGAGCCGUUUUUGGAACCAAACGACAACUGGGAUUUUCUAGCACCUGUCAUAAGCGGUGUGCCGAGAUCCUGUUCGGAUGCGUUGGAGCGAAGCGGCAGAAGGCAGUCAGGGAAGGCUGAGACGACACUGAUUGACCCUGACGGCGAGGAGGGUCCGGUCGCUCCUUUCUUUGUCCAUUGCGAUAAUACCACUGGGACAGUGUGGACGAAAUUAACCGCUACCCCCUAUGACUCUUUCUUCCAUGGCAACAAUGCAGCGGGGGGAAUAAGAAAAUCGAUCAGCUAUUUAUAUGCUAACAUGGAUCAGAUCGUUAGCCUCAUUAGCAUGUCGACGAGAUGCCAACAAAAGUUGAAGUAUACAUGCUUCAAAGCAUCUUUUAUGUCCGACAUGGAGGCAAGCUCGCUGAAAACGUGGUGGGUGUCUCGUGACGGUGAGAAGAUGAUGUAUUGGGCAGGAGGCCCCUCAGACGGGCGAGGGUGUGCGUGUGGCGUCACCCAGACCUGUGCCUCGAAUUCAAAUAUACCAAGAAGUCUUUGUAACUGCAACAUGAACGACGGUGUGUGGCGGACAGACGAGGGCUACAUCACGGACAAGACGAAACUUCCAGUGUCAGAGCUCCGAGUCGGGGAUGUCGGCGAUCACGGCGAGUACGGCUUUGGGACAGUGUGGCCAUUGGAAUGCACAGGCCUUGUCAGCCUGGUAGAACUCGGCUGAUUUCGGCAAAGUACGGUUUUAACCGACGGGUCCCGAAUGAAACUCAGGUCAAAUUUGGCAAGUUGUAGUGUUUUCCAAAAGUUUGUAAAACUGAAAAGGUCUUGGAAAAUUCGUAAUUCUCUGUUUAAUAAGAUGUUUGUAUUGCAAUGUCAAGACGACGCUGUGGAUUAAAAGAAAACUGAGAAAAUAAUUGUGGGAAGUUACGCAUACUUACUUAAAAUAUGUAAUUUAAAACCGAUUUAAAUUAA